AUGCAAGGACUGUGGGGCAGCAGCUGGAGGAAGUUCGGACACGCCGGCAGGGGCACAUACGAGUGGUUAACUAGCGAACCAAGCCUGCCUCCUCAGGAGACCCAGCUGCAGGGCACCCAGCAGCUAAGUUCCACCAAAGACGAUGUGGAGCCCUUCCUGUGCAUCCUCCUUCCAGCCACCAUCGUGCUCUUCCUGGCCUUUCUGCUGCUCUUCCUGUACCGCCUCUGCAAGGCCCGGCGGCCCCAGGGCCAGGUGUUCAGCAUCGACCUCUCAGAGCACCCACCUGGGGGCGAGGAGACCGACUUCCUGCCCGGCUUACCCUGGGGCAGUGAGCAGGACUUCCCCUACUCUCCUCUGCCCAGGGAGGCGGCCCCCCACUCUGAGUGUUUACCACCCUCCUACGAGGAGGCCACCAGGAAUCCCCCUGGCAGAGAGGCCCGGGAGGCGGGCCUUCAGUAUGCAGAGGGCUCACCUGGACUGGAUGUGCCAGUAUAA